AUGGUUCUCACGGCCCACUUCAUUGAUGAUGAUUGGGUGUUGAAUAAGAGAAUCCUUAACUUUUGUGUCAUUCCUAAUCAUAAGGGGGAUACAAUUGGUAGGCUAGUAGAGACAUGUUUGAAUGGAUGGGGGAUAGACAAAGUCUUCACCAUAUCAGUUGAUAAUGCUUCCUCCAAUGAUGGAUGUAUUAGCUACAUGAAGAAGAGGUUAGAAAAGUGGAAUUCACUCAUAUGUGAUUAUAGUUUGAUGCAUGUGAGGUGCUGUGCCCAUAUUACUAACUUGAUUGUAACCGAUGGAAUGAAAGAAAUUCAUCAAUCUAUUGAGAAUAUUCACAAUUGUGCUAAGUACUUAGGGGAUCAUCUCAACGGUUAG